AUGGUUUCUUUCAAGAUCUCUCAUGUCCUGGCUCUCGCCUCCGCCGUGGCCGCUGCUCCUACUGAGCUCCUUGAGGCCCGCGCAACAGUUGCUCACGACUCUAUCGCCCCCGUCGCUCAGCGAAUCCAGACAGGUGGCCUCGGCAAGAUCAUCGAGACCUUCAAUCCUCUCCUCCACAUUGCUCAUGGCUGCCAGCCUUACCCUGCCGUUGCCGAUAAUGGUGACACCAGCGGCGGACUUCAGGACAGCGGCAGUGGUACGGGUGGCUGCCGGGACCAGAGCAAGGGCCAGACCUAUGCCCGCGCUGGAACCGUUGAUGGAAAAACGGUUGUAAUGUACACAUGGUACAUGCCAAAGGACCAGCCUGUUGAUGGCAACACUGCCGGGGGCCAUCGCCACGAUUUCGAGAACAUCGUGAUCCAGAUCGACGACCCGAACGCGGCAACCCCCAAGAUCAUCGGCGCGGCUGCCUCCAGCCACAGCGGCUACAGCAAGGCCGCCGGCGGUGUCCCCCAGAUGGAGGGUAACAGCCCCAAGGUCGAAUACUUCACCACCUUUCCCACCAACCACGAGCUGCAGUUCACGGACACCGUGGGCAAGACCUACCCCAUCUCUGACUGGGACGCCAUGCCCCAGGCGGCCAAGACUGCCCUCCAGGACACCGACUUCGGCAGCGCCAACGUCCCCUUCAAGGAUGGCAACUUCGAGUCCAAGGUCCGCGAGGCUCUGGCUUAA